AUUCAUGUUUCCCACUGCCCUUGCGGGCCCUGGCCGUGCGCUAUGAGCAUCUCUGAUUCUGCAGACGUGGCGGGGACAAAUACUGAGCACGUCCUGAGUGUAAAGCGCUAGAAAGAAGAUGGAGACGUCGUCUCCCUUCUAGAAGUUACAGCCUACAAGAGUGGCUUAGAAGGCGUUACCUACUGCAAAGACGGCCGCUCCACGUCCAUCCCUCCACAUCCGUCUGGGCCUUUACAGCCGGCUUGACGCAAAGCCUUGAGAUUCAUAUAGUUAAACCGGGUUUAAGCAAGGAGUGUUUGCUUAGGCGGCAGUUUUCCAAGCACGACACGUGUGCUCUCCGUCUCUGGACAUCCCCAUUCUCUUACUGCUUUGAAAAAUCCUUUUGUUAGAUGCGAGGGAGAAGGGCAUUUCUGGGUCAUCUUUUAGGAUUCCGUUUGCUAGCUGAAGCCUUUUGUAUUAGUCCUGCAUGCCGGGAGGACUCUGUUUUUCCACCUAAGGUUCAGGAGGGCAAAUCCAGGGCUCCUGGGGGUAUGGACAGCGGCUCUUUCCCUCUGUGUUCCCAGUAACUUCCUCCCGAGGGGCCUCCCACGUUUGACCGCCAGGUGGCGCUCUUCUUGAUAGGAAUUCGUCUGUCAUAGACGGUGGGGCAGUUGCCUGGCAACCGAAAGUGAGCCUUCCAAACAAUUGGGACCCGCGAUCCUCUGUGCGCAGGGUUGUGUGCGGCUGCGCCGGCCUCCCGUUCCUCCCAAGAGCUUCUCAUUUGGCCAUGCCUCCCACCCGAGACCCUUUCCAGCAGCCAAUGCUGAAUAACGAUGUUUCCGGCCCGGGGAAACCGAGGGCUUCCAAGAUGCUGCAAUAUAAGAACCCAACUCACCUGGACCAGCAACAGGAACCCUGGAAUCGGCUCAACUCAAUUCCCACGAUCACCUCCAUUAGGCGGAAUUCUUAUUUUUUUGAAUCUGAGAUUCCAAAGGAUAAUCUGGAUUUCCGCUUAGCUGCCUUGUACAACCACCACACGGGGUCGUUCAAGAACAAAAGCGAGGCCCUGAUCCACCAGACCUCCAAGGACACCCGUGGGAUCAUCAACAUCCAGGCCCCUGCAGAACACUUACCCCCUGCCCCACCACUGCCCACCACCUCCCAAGCUAACAUCAGACAAUGGAUCAGCCCUAAGAGGGAGUCCAUCCACAGCAUCCAUGGGUCCAUAGUGUCCCCUCACACUGCAGCCACCAACAGAGGCUACUCCCGAAAGACGGAUGGUGGCUUCUUCUCCACCUGAUGCUGACAGGCCCCUGGAUUGAUUAGUCGAUGGGACAGCCUGCUGCCCACCUCCAUUAAAAACAUUUGUGCAUGGUGAA